AUGUCCGGCCCACUCCGAAGCAAAGCAGGCUGCUGGACGUGCCGUCUAAGAAAAAAGAAAUGCGACGAAAAGCACCCAUUCUGCUCGACUUGUGAAGCUUUGACCAUUACAUGCUAUGGCUAUGGAUCCAAACCCGACUGGAUGGACAAUGGGGAGAAAGAGAAAGCAAUGGUGCACAGUAUCAAACAGGUUGUCAAGCAUACCUCAAGGCGAAAAGGUCGUCUCGGAGCAUCCAUAAACCAACUUCAAAACCGCUAUGGCAAGAAGUCCGGAUCACAGGUCGUCAAUAUAGCCCCUAAAUCACUAGAUGGUUCCUCUUCGUCUAGUCCUGACUCGAUCCUCGAUUCCGAUCCUCCCACUGGACAUAGUAAAUCUCCAGCAAAUCCAGGGCCUGCCGAUACCUCAUUAGAUCCUUCAGUUGAUACAUUGUCUGAGGUUCAGAGCACCCCGCAUCAUCCCUCGCCAGUGCUUGCAGUCUCAAGCAAUGAGUCCGUUUUAUUGAUGCACUUUUUGGACAACGUUUUCUGUCUCCAGUAUCCCUUCUAUAAACCGGGAGUCCAGGAAGGAGGGAGAGGCUGGCUACUGUCUCUUCUAUUGAAAACAAAGCCACUUUAUCAUGCCUCUCUUGCGCUUAGUGCCUACCAUAGGAGUGCGAUAUCUUUAGCUGAGAAUCGUUGUCCAUAUGGUGUUAGUGAGCAGCAAGAGCACCUUGCAAUCUGCUUGAAAGAACUUCAGUUAGCCAUGAAGAAUAUUGGCAAAUUACUCACAGACAUAACGAUGUGCCCCAGAACCGGUUUGGGCACAAUGGCUUCGUCAGUCCAACUUAUUUUCUUCGAAGUAAGUAAUUCUUUUUGCAUUUCUUGA